GUGAGCCGGGCUCCCCUUAGCGCCCCCAUAGUUCAAACCCUGCUGGUUACUUCCUGUUAAAGGGGAGUUUUCCUUUCCACUGUCGCUACAUGCUUGUUUGAUAUGGGAGUUUCUGUAGUCAAAGAUGCCAUCUGUUGGGUUUCCUUACAUAGAAAUAAACUGUGAACUAACUGGAAUGAUGUACUGAACUCCAGUGGAACGUUUACUUUGUGAAAUGCCUUGAAACUACUCGUGAUUUGGCGCUUUGUAAAUAAACUGAGUUGAAAGUAAACCACGGAGAAAUGGCGCAGGAGGAACUACUGCGUGAAGCGAAGGUUCUGCCCGGUCUGUAAUUAGAGUAACACUCCGCAUGGCCGUACGCCGUGCUGGCUCUGACGUUUUGGGUUUGUUCUAAAGGAAAUGUUUGUUAACAACGUUUCUAGACGCGUUUUUCUCCGCUGUAGGAACGUUAGCAGGUAGGUCUGCUGGAUUCGCGUCUCAGGACGAGGAAGCGACUGAGCAGAACCGGAAGGCCAGGCUCCGUUUCAGAAACGCACGUGUUUAGUUUACGUAGGUUAGCGUAAAGCACCCUGCCCUCGUGCGCGUAUCUCUCCGUAGAUGGGAGUCUUGUUGUGUGUUGGGGUUUUCGGCUUGUGAUUUAUCAUCUGAAUAAUCUCUCAAGUCUCAGUUUGGACGUCAGCUGCAACAAAGUCACGUGGUACUGAGUCUUUUACCAGCAGGUGGUUGCGCUUCAUCGGGACUUUCCAUGGAAGGUUUGCAAGAGAAGCUCAAAGGUUUGUCUGUUGCCCAGCGAACUCAUCCUGGGGAGUCCAUCUACUUGCUGCAUGCUGCCCAGAACCCAGCUGACCUGCUGGCUGUGUCCUGCUCCAACUUCACCAUCCACCUGCACAACAAGGACACUCUGAAGCUCUUGGGAGAGUACCAGGUUCACAAAGGGCCUCUCUGUGGCCUCACAUUUGCUCACACCUCGCCCAACCUUCUCUACUCUGGAUCUGCUGAUGGGACGGUCCGAUUGUGGGACGCGCGUCGGCCUGGGACCGAUGCAGUCCAGGUGUUCAGAAGCGACCCGUCACACUCUUACUGCAGCUUUGACCUGAACUGUAGUGACAUGCUUCUGUGUGCCGGCACCGAGCAGGUGAACGGUGAAGACAGCUUUUUGGUCUUCUGGGAUUCUAGAAAAACGGGGGAUGGGCUUCUUGGAGUAUACUCUGAGUCACACAGUGAUGACAUCACACAGGUGUGCUUCCACCCACGGGACAAAGAUCGCCUGGCCUCCGGCUCCACAGAUGGUCUUGUUAAUGUUUUUGACCUGAGCCGAGGAGCGGAGGACGAGGCUCUGCUGGUCACCUGCAACAGCAACUCCUCCGCUGGCACCGUGUGCUGGGCAGGAGCAGACUUUUCCCAGCUGCUGUGUCUCAGUCAUGACGAGGGACUUCACCUGUGGGACGUUGGUCGGUUGGAAACAGACGAGCCUCUCACCAUCUUCAGCUGCUCCAAUGCUCGCAGCCUGACCACACUGGCUGAUGGAGGAGGACUGGAUUACCUGGUGGGUAGCCAGUGGCUAGAGGAGGCUCAGGCUCUGUUGGUGGUGGGUGGGAGGAGCAACGGGGAUCUCCACCUGCUGGACUGCAGCAGCGGGGGUCUUCGCCUGAUGAGGAGCCUUGAAGGUGGCCACACCACCACCGUGCGCUGCUUCCUGUGGGAUGCAGGACGAGAGGCCCUCAUCACCGGUGGAGAGGAUGGUCAGCUGUUGCUGUGGAAACCAGGAGGGAAGCAGCUCAUUAUGAGAAAACAGCAUCUGACCAAGAGCAAUUCUGCUUUGAAAAUGAAAUCCAGACCUCAUAAAAAACAUGUAUACCAGAGAGAGAAGAGGACGUAGAUGAAAUGCCGUCAGCAGACACUGACGGUCAUUUUUUAAUUCUUAUCUUACAGAAAACAAAACUGGAACAUCUUUUCUUACCAGUCUGAUUGUUGCUCUUUAGAGAAACAUUUCGUUUUGCUGAUGCUCUAAUGAAAUCUGUGCAUUUUUAUCAGAACAGCUCGGAUUACAGCUCUUAAAUUGCGUUGUUUUUUGAGAUCAUCUGAAUCUAUUAAGUGGUUUUCAGUGUUUGUCUUUUUGCUUUAAAUCUAAAACAACAACAGAAGAAUCACCAAGCAGGACACAGUUAGAUGUUUUAGUUGGAAUCGGACUGAAUUUAUAAUUAGACGCCUUUGCAAAGUUUUACCUCAGGGGGACGUUUGAUCGAACUGCGAACAUGUUUCAGCCGUUUCACUGUUUGUUCAAAAAGGGUCUGUUACUGUUGCAGUGCAUCCUUGUUUUAAUCAAUCAAUUCAACUUUUCUCAAAUUUCUCACAGUUUCUAACCGAGAAAACAAUUUAGGACGAUUCUAUCCUCAGAUUUUAGUGUCAUUAACCUGUGAGCGCAAACCCUCGCAGCUGCUCACUCAGAAGCAGACCUGUGAGCGCUGCUCAUAAAAUGCAUCAGAAUCCAGCAAACGCGAUGGAGGGACCAUGAUGCUGGUCGUGUUGCUGAUGUUUAUUCAUCAGAUUCAGAAACUAGAAAAUAAUCCACCCAUCAGAUCCAGAGAGUCUGAUGUUUAUCAUAUUCAGGCAAAUAAAAUGUCUGAGAUCUACAAAGAAAUAAAUCGUGUUGUUUUCAUUAAAUUUUAUAUUUAAUGUAUUGUUUCAGGUAAAAAUGAAAUAAAAAAAUGCGUAUUUAA